AUGGCUGUAAGAGAAACUGCGGCGCUUCUGUUGCUAUUGUCUGUUACCUUGGCCAACGGACUUGGAUAUUAUAGACAUCAUCAGGCACGGCAUCCAGCUGGUUAUCGACACAGUGAUGGAGAUUCGGACAGUUCAGAAGAAAAUCGAGUGUCUGUUCACUCUUCUCCAACAGUGAGAUGGCACCGUGGACCACAGGGUCCUCCCGGGCCACGUGGCCCUCCAGGCCCACCAGGAUAUCCAGGAAAGUCAGGAGUUGGACAGCCAGGGCAACCUGGUCUUCCAGGACGACCAGGAUCCCAGGGGAUGCCAGGAAUUGGAAAACCUGGUGUUCCGGGAGCACCAGGAAAGUCAGGAGAAAGAGGAGCUCCCGGCCCCAAAGGUAGCAUGGGACCUCAUGGAAUGCAAGGGCCAAAAGGACAGCCAGGACCUAGAGGGUAUCCUGGGUCAGCUGGAAUUUCAUAUCCUGGUAAACCAGGCCCACCAGGGCCAGCUGGGUCCACAGGGCCGGCAGGAGCACCCGGAGCGAAAGGGGAACGAGGAUAUCCUGGUCCCCUUGGUGCAAAAGGAGAAAAAGGAGUUGGAAUUCCAGGACAGCCAGGGGCAAGAGGUCCUCCAGGGCAACAAGGACCACAAGGAAUGCGUGGCGAACCAGGAUAUGGGAAACCAGGAGUCCCUGGUCCUGCUGGUUUACCAGGAGCAAAGGGCGAAAAAGGCACAGCAGGUCCACCUGGAGAUUCAGGAAUCCCAGGUCAGAGAGGCCCCCCAGGAGUACCUGGGCCAUCAGGAAUCGGAAAGCCUGGAGCGGAUGGCACACCAGGGUUGCCAGGUCCUCCUGGACCCAAGGGGCCCCCUGGUUCACCUGGUCAGCCUGGAGCUGCUGGACUUCCUGGUUUUGGAAGGCCAGGCCCACAGGGACUUAAAGGGGAACCUGGUGCCCCAGGUCUAGCUGGAUAUCGUGGAGAGAAAGGGGAGAAAGGUGACCCUGGCAGCCCAGGAAGCUCAGGAAUUUCUGGAUCAAUCGGCCCACCUGGGCCACAAGGUUUGAGAGGUGCACCUGGUCUUCCAGGUGCACUAGGUCAAAAGGGCAUGCCAGGUCCACCUGGAGCGCAAGGGUACCCAGGACCAAAGGGUGCAAUAGGCCCUGGGGGUGCCCCAGGAAAAUCAGGAAUUCCAGGAGAACCUGGUUUACCGGGCGCAGUCGGCCCAAUGGGCCCACCUGGUCAAAAAGGCGCCAUCGGACCUGUCGGGCCAACUGGGAAGCCUGGGGACAGUGGCCUUCCAGGUCGUCCAGGGCCACCAGGUUUCCGAGGUGAAGUUGGAUUAAAUGGACCUGCCGGACCCCCAGGUCCAAAAGGUCUACCCGGAUUUCCAGGUCCACCCGGAUUCCCUGGAGAGAAAGGAGACCCAGGACCUCCAGGUCCUCCUGGACCACCAGGUCUUUCUUCUAGUCUUAAUGAAAAGAAUCUGUAUGGGCCACCAGGCCCACCAGGAGCACCCGGCCCUCCAGGCCCACCUGGACUCCCUGGUCCACCAGGACGGCCAGGAGAAAUUGUGAAUCCUGGGAAAUACGGAGGCUAUAAUGGUUACGUAACACCGGAUGUCAUGAGAUCAUAUCCAGCUUUCACAGCUAUUCUUUUAGAGUCAUUUCCAUCUGUAAGACAGCCAAUAGCUUUCAACAAAAUAGUGGCUAAUCAAAACAACAAUUAUGAUCCCACGACUGGCAUAUUUACUUGUCAAAUACCAGGCAUCUAUCAAUUUUCUUACCAUAUACAAGUAAAAGGAGGAAAUGUUUGGAUUGGACUGUUCAAAAAUAAUGAACCUGUGAUGUACACAUAUGAUGAUUAUACAGAAGGUUAUGUUGACCAAGCUUCAGGAAGUGCUAUAAUACAAUUAUAUGAACAUGACGAGGUCUCUGUUCAAUUACCUUCAGAGGAAUCCAAUGGUUUAUAUUCCUCUGAUUAUAUGCAUUCUUCAUUCUCUGGGUUUUUAAUUAGUCAGACAAUUCUACCUACAAGCAUGACUUUAGUGGAAACCGGUGCAUUUCUGGUGUUCAUGUCUAUUUCUCUGGUGAAUGGACUAGGGUACAAGGGAUACAACCAAUCACCAUAUAAUACAAAAAGUCAGGGUUAUGAAUUGAAAGGUCUUCAUUAUCAGAAUCUUGAGGAAAGUCCAAAGGGCAUCACAGUGCAAUGUGCCCAUCAAAAUCAUCUUGUCUUAAACAUGCCAGUACUUCUGGAAUCUAAGAUAUACAUUUCUACUUUCACAGUGAGAGGAGAUCCAGGAAUGCCUGGACCACCGGGACCUCCAGGACCCCCUGGAGCCCCAGGGCAAGCUGGCUAUCCAGGAAAACCAGGUGUUGGGAUGAUGGGACCCCCUGGAAGUCCAGGACAACCAGGACCACAAGGACUAACUUUAAAGGGAAUUCCAGGCCUUCCAGGAGCACCAGGACCUGAAGGGAGAAUAGGGUAUCCUGGACAAAAAGGAGAUAAAGGAAUUCAAGGGAUUCAAGGGCAAAGGGGUAGUCCAGGCCCUCCAGGAAAUCCUGGACCAGCCGGAUUGUCUGUUAUUGGUAAACCUGGCCCACAAGGGGCAGUAGGAUCUCCAGGAGUACCAGGAUUACCUGGAGCAAAGGGACAUCCAGGUUAUCCAGGCAUCCCUGGUCAAAAGGGGGAUAAAGGAAUUGGAAUUCCAGGGACUUCAGGUGAAAGAGGGCUGCCUGGGCCACCAGGGGCACCGGGAACUCCAGGACCAGCAGGAUUAACUACAGCAGGUGUGCCUGGUCUUCCUGGUGACCCAGGUAAAAAAGGUGAAAUGGGAGCACCUGGCCCAACAGGUUUCACUGGAGCACCGGGUCACAAAGGACUACCAGGACCACCUGGACCAAUUGGAAUAGGAAAGCCCGGAGCUACUGGUGUACCAGGAAUGCAAGGGCCACCUGGUUUGAAGGGUCACCCUGGUGUCCAAGGUUUGCCUGGGGCACCAGGACUGCCAGGCAUUGGAAAACCAGGUGUGCCAGGGCUGAAAGGAGAACCUGGCCCCGUAGGUUAUCCUGGGUAUCCUGGAAAAAAAGGUGAGAUGGGACAAACGGGCAAGCCAGGAGACCCUGGUUUAGUGGGACCAGCCGGUCUACCAGGAGCACAGGGCCCAAGAGGUUUACAAGGAAUUCCUGGCGCUCCAGGAGAUAAAGGUGCACAAGGACAUACGGGUGCACAAGGGUAUCCUGGAGCAAAGGGUGAUAGAGGGGCAACUGGCGUUCCAGGAAUGUCAGGGUCUCCUGGGAAAUCAGGUUCACCAGGGCUACCAGGAUCAGUUGGGCCAGCUGGUCAAAAAGGUGACACUGGUCUCACUGGCCCACAUGGGAAACCUGGAAAUCCUGGUCCUCCUGGUCCUCAAGGCCCAUUAGGUUUUCCAGGUGCAAUCGGGUUGCGAGGGCCAGCCGGAAUACCUGGCCAUAAAGGUUUGCCUGGGUUGCCUGGAUCGCAAGGGCCUCCUGGACUAAAUGGUGCUCCAGGAAAACCAGGAUUACCAGGUCCUCCGGGUCUCAUUAGCAGAGAAAUAACGAAGGGGCCAGCAGGGGCACCAGGACCAAUAGGGGCAGCAGGUCCUCCUGGUCCACCAGGCCUUCCUGGUCCACCAGGUUUACCUGGUGAAAUCUAUGUACAACCAGAGAAAUCAGGACAGCCACCACCUGGAUUACUGAGCCCUGUUCCAGCUUUUACAGCCAUUCUUUCUAGGGCAUAUCCACCAGUUGGGCAACCAAUAGUAUUUGACAUUAUAGAGACCAAUUCAAAUAAUAAUUAUGAUCCAUCAUCUGGUGUUUUUACAUGUGAAGUACCAGGGCUUUAUCACUUUAGUUACCAUGUACAAAUCAAGGGGGCGAGCGUUUGGGUUUCAUUAUAUAAAAACGGAAAAUCCAUACUGCAAACAUAUGAUGAUUACACUCAAGGAUAUGUGGAUCAAGCCUCAGGAAGUGCUAUAGUACACCUACGUGAAAAUGACCAAGUCUACAUAUUAUUACCUUCAGAGGAAGCUAACGGUUUAUAUUCAUCUGAUGAGAAACAGUCAUCCUUCUCAGGGUUUUUAAUUAGCCCCUCAUGA